CACCAACAACCCCCACACCAACCGCACCAAAUGGUUUGCUUUACCGAAUCACUGAUAACUAUUUUUUAAAUAGGCUGGAAGGGAAGGAGCUGCUACACCUACUUAAAUAUCACGUGGUAGCAUAUACACAAUGUGUAUGUACCUGCAAAUUGCUGUAUUAUUAUAGUGAGCUUGUGUUGCAGAAACUCACUGGAGAUCUGUGAGUAAGAUCAAGAAAAGAAACAGAAAUGAGCUCUGCAAUUCUCUCCAAGGCAUUUCUGAAGAUUUCAGUGAAAGAUGGAUUUGCAGAAGGUGCAAAUGGAAAGACAUCUCAAAAUCUUCAGUUUCGCCCUCGCCAAAUGCGAUCGAGAAGACUUGAUGUAAGAGCUAGUGCUGGAAGUUCAUUUGGCACUUUAUUUCGUGUUACAACAUUUGGAGAAUCCCAUGGUGGGGGUGUAGGUUGUGUAAUUGAUGGAUGCCCCCCGCGUAUUCCUAUCUCAGAAGCUGAUCUUCAAGUUGAACUAGACAGAAGGAGGCCGGGACAAAGCCGCAUCACCACUCCUAGAAAGGAAACUGACACAUGCAAGAUUCUGUCAGGUCUUUCUGAAGGUCAAACUACUGGAACACCAAUUUCGGUUCUCGUGCCAAAUACAGAUCAAAGAGGACAUGAUUAUAGUGAAAUGGCAUUAGCAUACAGGCCUUCGCAUGCUGAUGCUACAUAUGACUUCAAAUAUGGUGUUCGCUCAGUUCAGGGAGGUGGCAGAUCUUCGGCAAGAGAAACUAUAGGAAGAGUAGCUGCUGGAGCUGUAGCGAAAAAAAUUCUUCAGCUAAAAGCUGGGACUGAGGUUUUGGCAUAUGUAUCGCAAGUUCAUAAAGUUACUCUUCCUGAUGGAACUGUUGAUCAUGAUACAUUGACUCAGGAUAUGAUUGAAAGUAAUAUUGUCAGGUGCCCAGAUUCUGUCUAUGCUGAAAAAAUGAUAGAUGCCAUAGAUGCUGUUCGCGUAAAAGGUGAUUCAGUUGGAGGAGUGGUUACCUGCAUUGCAAGGAAUGUCCCUAGGGGGCUUGGUUCACCAGUAUUUGACAAGCUUGAAGCAGAGUUGGCAAAGGCCGUUAUGUCCCUGCCUGCAACCAAAGGAUUUGAAAUUGGUAGUGGCUUUUCAGGUACUCUGUGCACUGGUAGUGAACACAAUGAUGAAUUUUACAUGGAUGAAAUGGGAAAUGUUAGGACCCGAACUAAUAGGUCAGGCGGUAUACAGGGUGGGAUAUCUAAUGGCGAAACGAUAGUAAUGAGGGUUGCCUUUAAGCCCACAUCAACCAUUACGAAGAAGCAAAUGACUGUCACCAGAGGUAGGGAGGAGACUGAACUUCAAGCACGUGGUCGUCAUGAUCCAUGUGUAGUACCUAGAGCUGUGCCCAUGGUUGAGGCUAUGGUGGCUUUGGUGUUAGCCGAUCAGUUGAUGCAGCAGUAUGCACAGUGUGAGUUGUUUCCCCUUAAUAGUUCACUCCAAACACCACUGGACGUGCAGCACGAGACACCAUUAGAGAUGGCCAUUUAGAAUGGAGAAAUGACAUUGGAUGUCACAUCUUAAUUUUUGGAUCUGAUAUGUUAUAUUCUGAGAACAGAAAUUAAUGGAAGAUUGUUUGGUUGGAGUUGAUAUUAUUUAACCACCAAGUUGAAGUAUUUGUAUUUGUAUCUAUACAAGGAAACUUAAAACAUCAACUCUUUUUCUUUUCUUAUCAUUCGGGCAUUCAAUGCAUGCUAUAUAACAAGAGAUGGUUUUCUUGUAUGGAAGGGUACUUUGGAAAUAAACUGGAAGCGGCUGCUAAGAUAGAACAUGAUGCCUGUGCACAUUAUGGCACACAUUUGUAUAUUUAAGUUCAAAAAAAUAAUUUAAUGAGCAAUUUACAGUUC